UUCAAUUUCUUGUUUAUUUGUUUUUAUCAAUUCCCCCUUAUUUGGGUAUGGAUUCCAAAGUGGUAAGGGUGGGGUCCAAUUAGUGUCUGUCUGGUGGGUUUGGAGGCACUGCACACCUUUUCAUGCCCCAUCGCUGGCCCUUUACUAGACCAAGGUGUGUUAGGACCACGCUCUGAAGUCUCUUUAAGUACCCUCUCCUCUCCCCAAUUCUAAACCAAGUCUCACACACAAAGUUACACAAGUUUAUUUAUUAAGCUCAAGAGAGAACACCCUCAUUUCCAAUUCUAAAAAGAGUUUAUUGAAGAAAUGAAGAUGGAUAGUGCUUCCAUGACAGGCUCCAAGAGAAGGAUAUCAUCCAAUAGAGGAAUUGGAGGAGUCCUCAGAGAGCAAAGGGCAAGGCUAUACAUUAUAAGAAGAUGUGUUGUCAUGCUCCUUUGUUGGCAUGACUAGUUUUUUCAACACUUGAAGAAGUCCAACACAAGCAUGGCAAUGGAAGAAAAGUUCUUCUUUCUAUGUUUUUUUUUGUCUUGUUUCUUUUAUCUCUUCCUUUUUUCUUUCUUUCUCCCUCUUAUUCAGAUUCAUAAUGGUGGAGUGUAAAUAGAAACGGCGAGAUAUCAUGGGAGACAGUAUAACAAGUUUUGUACUAUGGGGUUGCUGGCCUUCAUGGCUGGGCUAUAUAUGUAAAUCGGAAUACCAUGGAUUAUAAUGAUAGCUAUAUCAACAAAUCUUAUGUCCAAAA